AUGUCACUGCUUGCGCCCCGUGCCCAUGCUUUUCGUUACUGUCCGCGGAUCACAGCCGCCGCUGCCUUCGGACAGGUGUCCAACAAUAUACAGCAUCGCUACCUCUCACACCACCUUCACACUAGUUUUAUUACUCCCUCGUGGAGUCGGUCGUGGAGCUCGUCGUCUCAUCGCCAUGCCACCGCCGCAAAAACGGAUACUCCCCCGAUCCACGAGAAACUACCGGACCCCAAAAAGGUAGCAUUUCGAUUCCGCGAGUUUGACCUCAAUGGCAAGAUCUUUGUUGUGACUGGCGGUGGGCGAGGAUUGGGGUUAGCGCUGGCUGAAGCACUGGUCGAGGCCGGUGGAAUAGUCUAUUGUCUUGACCGACUGAAUGAGCCUGACAAAGAGUUCGAGGUCGUCAAAGAUCGUCUGAGUCUAGAGUAUGGGGGCUCGUUAAACUUCGACAAGGUUGACGUACGCGAGGCUGGCAACGUAGACCGAGUCGUCUCCGAGAUCGCAGGCAAACAUCAACGGAUGGACGGCUUGAUUGCAGCGGCUGGAGUGCAGCUGGUUCAGCCAGCGCUCGACUAUGCGCCAGAAAAGGUCAUGGAGAUGCUCGACAUCAACUACAAGGGCGUCUACUGCUCCGCCCAGAGCUGUGCCCGGCAGAUGAUCAAGUACGGAUGCAGUGGAUCCAUUCUUCUGGUGGCCAGUAUGUCCGGUCUCAUCGCUAAUCGUGGUUUCACCUCUUCUGUCUACAACUCGUCCAAGGCAGCCGUCUGCCAGCUGGCUCGUAGUCUCGCCAUGGAAUGGGGUCAGAUUGUCGAUGGGAAACCCAUUCGUGUCAAUUCUCUAUGUCCAGGCAACAUCCUCACUCCAAUGGUCGAGCAGAACUUCAAGGACGAUCCCAAGCUGAGGGCUUCAUGGGAAAAUGGGAACAUGCUUGGCCGACUAUCGAAGCCUUCUGAGUAUCGAGGGGCGGCGUUGUUUGCAUUGAGCGAUGCCAGCUCUUUUAUGACCGGGUCACAGGUGAGCAGUCAUUCCGCCCUGGCAUUACCAGAACCAAACUAA